AUGGACGAGCGGCUGCUGGGGCCGCCCCCUCCAGGCGGGGGCCGGGGGGGCCUUGGAUUGGUGGGUGGGGAGCCUGGGGGCCCUGGCGAACCUCCCGGUGGUGGAGACCCCGGUGGGGGUAGCGGGGGGGUCCCGGGAGGCCGAGGGAAGCAAGACAUCGGGGACAUUCUGCAGCAGAUAAUGACCAUCACCGACCAGAGCCUGGACGAGGCCCAGGCCAAGAAACACGCCCUAAACUGCCACCGAAUGAAGCCUGCUCUCUUUAGCGUCCUGUGUGAAAUCAAGGAGAAAACCGGCCUCAGCAUUCGAAGCUCCCAAGAGGAGGAGCCUGUGGACCCACAGCUGAUGCGCUUGGACAACAUGCUUCUGGCAGAGGGUGUGGCUGGGCCUGAGAAAGGGGGUGGCUCAGCGGCAGCAGCUGCGGCCGCCGCAGCCUCCGGAGGCGGCGUGUCCCCUGACAACUCCAUUGAACACUCGGACUAUCGCAGCAAACUUGCCCAGAUCCGCCACAUUUACCACUCGGAGCUGGAGAAGUAUGAGCAGGCAUGUAACGAGUUCACAACCCACGUCAUGAACCUGCUGAGGGAGCAGAGCCGCACGCGGCCUGUGGCACCCAAGGAGAUGGAGCGCAUGGUGAGCAUCAUCCACCGGAAGUUCAGCGCCAUCCAGAUGCAGCUCAAGCAGAGCACCUGCGAGGCCGUCAUGAUCCUGCGUUCCCGCUUCCUGGACGCCAGACGGAAACGCCGUAACUUCAGCAAACAGGCCACUGAGGUCCUGAAUGAGUAUUUCUACUCCCACCUGAGUAACCCAUAUCCUAGUGAGGAGGCUAAGGAGGAGCUCGCCAAGAAGUGCGGAAUCACUGUCUCUCAGGUCUCCAACUGGUUUGGCAACAAGCGGAUUCGCUAUAAGAAAAAUAUUGGAAAGUUCCAAGAGGAGGCAAACAUCUAUGCCGUCAAGACCGCUGUGUCAGUCACCCAGGGAGGCCACAGCCGCACCAGCUCCCCGACACCCCCUUCCUCCGCAGGCUCUGGCGGCUCUUUCAAUCUCUCAGGAUCCGGUGACAUGUUUCUGGGGAUGCCCGGGCUCAACGGAGAUUCCUACUCUGCCUCCCAGGUGGAAUCACUCCGACACUCGAUGGGGCCAGGGGGCUACGGGGAUAACCUCGGGGGAGGCCAGAUGUAUAGCCCUCGGGAAAUGAGGGCAAACGGUGGCUGGCAGGAGGCUGUGACCCCGUCCUCAGUGACAUCCCCGACAGAGGGACCAGGGAGCGUUCAUUCUGACACUUCCAACUGAUCUCGCCCCUCAGGGCCACAGGGGUUAGGGGCUCACAAGGCACCUCUUGAAGAGGACGCAGGCAUCCGGAGGACAAAACCCAGACAAAGGAGAAGCACAAGAUAGAGAAGGGCAAACGGAGUCAAUCCCCUCCCUGGCCAGACUCUCUCAGUGCUGGGGGUGCUGACUACAUGGCAGGGAAGAUGGGGCCCCUUAAGGGGAAAGUGGGGUCUGUCUCCCCCUUUUUUCCUUUUUUCAUUCUUUUUUUUUCUCCCCCUUUUUCUCUCACAUAGAAACACACGCACCCAGAAUCCUAUUUUUCAGAUCUUUCCUCUCCUCCUCUCUCAUACACGCACGUACAACUAUUCUGUUUCUCUCUCUCUCUCUCUGGGCUCCCCCACUCUCCUUCCCUCACCCCACUUAUCUGCUCUGGGAUCUGUGGAGAUGCCAGCCCUGCCCAGCCAGAGAUGCCAAAAAUGGGGACAUGACUUCUGGACAGAGGACGUGGGCCACGCCCCCUGUGCCUCCCCACCCCCUGCCCCUCCAGACGGCUUUAUUACC